AUGUGCGUCCUCAUUCUUGAUCUGAUUUUCCUCUUGCACCUCCACUUCUUCUUUCUCUGCUGUUUCUUCUCCUGCUUUGUCGUCUUCAACUUCUUCGUCAGCCUGUUCGCCCUCCUUCCCGAUCGGUUUUUCCUCCUGUACCACCACCACGACUUCUUCGUCUGGUUCUUCUUCUUGUUUUUCUUCUUCUUCUGGUUCUUCAACUGUUUGUUCUUCUAG